CAUAAAUGAUACAACCAGAAGAACACAAGCUGCUGCAAUCCUCCCCUCCUUCCACUCCUAAUUCUUCCAAAAAUUCCCACUCAGGCCCACUAGACUUGGAAAACCUGCUGAGCUGUAAUUUCAGCUACAAUUUCGAGCCACUGAAGAAGGCCCUAGUGGAGAUCAUGAAGAGGAUGGAGACUAGGGAUGGAAGUCAGGUGGAUGACUUUGUUAAGAGAAUGGAGGCUUAUGAGCAUAAGGUGGAACAGCAAGAGAGGAGAUGCGAGAAGUUGGAAGGGACAGUGGGCGAGCAGCAGGAAAGGAUUGAGAGGUUGGAAGAGGGUAUAUAAGUUCUAUGCCUAAAAACACAGAGUAUCCUCUUAUUACUAUGAUUAGAGAAUUAGAGUACGAAGUCAAGCUUCUUAUCGACCGUACCAAAGAAGCCCACACAAAAACUACCGAUCUCAUGUCUACAAAAUCCCGCCUUGAAGAGACACUCACAGACGAUAAAGAAGAGAGCUCUGAACUUAAAGCUAUCGGAGCUACUAGAAAAGUACUAGAAGGUGACCUUAGUACCCUCAAAAGUAGAUUAACCCAACUUGAGGAUAAAUCUAAGCUUCUAAACAUGAGAAUUACGGACCACCAGAAGAAAACCGAUGAAAAUGCCAAACUUCCUGAAGCUGAUGAAGAAAGAGUCAUAGGGCUAGACGAGAAUAUAGAGAAGCUGAGAUCCAGGAUUGGCCAGAUUGAGAAAGGGCUUCAAGCGAUGAGAACUCAGAGGAAGACACAAGGAGGGGCAGAUUAUGGCAGUGGUAUUGAGGAACUGAGAGAGGAGAUUGAGGCAGAUCUUGAAUUGUUGAAGCAGAGAGUCACUAAGACUGAGAAUACUGCAUUGAAUGCUGAUUUUAGAUCGACUAAUAAUGAGACGAUGCUUCUUAAAGACCAGAGUCCUAAGGUGAGCAUGCUUCUUAAAGAGAUGAGAUCGAAUAAGGCAGGAGUAUCGGACCUUGAGAAAAGAAUCAAUGAAUUAUCUGAUAUCACUUUCAAGAAAGUAAAUUCUGAGCUGUUUGAUAGAGAAAUUGGGAAUCUGAAGAUCUUGGUUAGCGAAACUCUCAAGAAUGUCAGUCAAAAUAAGAAGAAUCCUGAAACAAAUGGACCUAAUAUAGAGGAGUCAAUGCUAGAUAAAACCAAUGAUAUGUUCUCCCGUCUACCUCAGCUGGAGGAGCAACUUCAAAGCUUGGAUCACAGAACAACUGCAAAUGAAGCAAGGAUGGAUGAACAAGAUACAAAUUUCUCUCAAAUUCACCGCCUUUUGAAUGAUAAGGCAAGUGCUUCUUUAAAGAACGAAGUUGUACGCCUGGACAAAGACAUCAAUGAGAUCAACAAAGAGAUCAGCAAAUACAGCUUGUACAGAUCCGAAAUUGAUAACUUGACUAAAAACUUCCAAGGGUUGGAUAAAAGUCUAGACUCCCUCGAAGGAAAAAUCGAACUUGUCAAGGAGAACCUCAACGAUACUCUGAGAGACACUGAAAAGCUCCUGAACAAAAUUAAGGAAGAACUUGAAAGAAUUGAGGAAGAGAUGAACUACCAAGGAGGUGUCAUCAUCAAAAUAAACCAAAGGAUAGACAUUCUUGAGGUGAAGAUAAGCAAUUUUGACAAGUCCUUCUCAGGUGGCCUGGGCGGCAGUUCUUCUCUUGGUGAGCCCUCAGACAGCGAGACGGUAAAGCUCAAAAAGCUAAUAGAUCUUGUUAAGAAAGAAUUGAUGCUUAUGAAGGAAGAGAAUUAUAGCAAGCACAAGGAAAUGGAAGGCGAGCUUGAAAGAAAAGUUGACAAAGAAGAUCUGCUGGAGUUUGAACGACUCAUGAGAGACAGAAUGGAGGUCAAUGAAAAGGCCCUUCAGAAGUCCAAGAGUGAUCUCAAAUAAGGCUCUCAGAAUUAUUGAUGAUAAGAUCAAUAAUAUUGAAGCUCCUAAGAAUCAAGGCUAUUCUACUGAAAGAGAUGACGCAAUCCUGGCAAAGAAGCCUCUUGAGGGCUGGAAAUGAGCAACUUGUGAUAAAAAUCUUACAAAUAUGACUGGACUCCCAGCAGACUACUAUAAUUGGAAGAAAAUGCCUAGAAAGGAGGGAGAUAGAAUUCCUAUGAAGGGACAAGGAUUUUCUAAAAUGCUCUUAACUCUGAAUCAUAAUAACUCUGAAUCCCAGCUGGAUAAUCCUAACUCAAAGACAUUUUAUACACCUGAAAAAGGUGAGGAGGGAAACAUCAUGAAUGAAUCGGCGUUGACAUCCAGAAACACAAAUGUCAGAUCCAGCAUGUCAAAGUUAGAAAAAGACGGAAGCACUACAAUUGAAAACUCAAUGCUUCCUUCAAUUAAGAAGAAGAGGAAUAUAUCAAUGAUGAAGUAAUACUAAGGUUAAUGAAAGCUAUAUUGAAUAAUUCCACCAUUUA